AUGGCCGAGAACUACCAGACCUGGGAGGUGACCGAGCCCUACGUGAACCUUCACGACAGUCUAGGCGAGGGCCCAUACUACGAGAAGGGCACCAACACCGUGCGAUGGCUUGACAUCGCAAGGAAGCAGAUUCACACAGUGUCGGUCACGGAGGGUCCCGAGUCGGUCAAGACACAGCAACUCGACGUCCGGGUGUCUGUCACGGCAGACAUCGAGGGCGUUGACCCCAAGGAGAAGAUUCUAAUCGGCGCCAAGUUCGGCCUCGCCAUCCUGGACCGCAAGACUGGACAGUAUGAGUACAUCACCCGGUUUGUCGAGGGCGAGGGUAACCCGCGGACGAGGAGCAACGACGGUGCUGCCGACCCUCACGGCCGAUUCUGGCUCGGCACCAUGACCGACUUUGACUUGGGAGAAUUUCAGCCCGAAGGCUCUUUGGUCCGGUUCGACGGGGGCCAGUCUGUCGAGACUACUCGUCAGAGCAUCACCAUUCCCAACUCUGUUGGCUGGUCACCAGACGGCAGCAUCAUGUACUUCACCCAGACCGAGGCCGGCACAGUCUUCGCAUGGGAUUACUCGGCUGAGGAUGGUUCGCUGUCCAACGAGCGCGUCUUCUACAAGCACCAGGGCACCGGCGGCCCGGACGGCUUCCGCAUCGACGUGCAGGGCAACAUGUGGCACGCCAUCUACGGCGAGUCGAGAGUCAUCAAGAUUUCGCCCGAGGGCAAGCUCAUCGGCGAGAUCAAACUGCCGACACGAAACAUCACCUGCACCCAGUUCGUGGGCACGGAGCUCUUCAUCACCACGGCGAGCGAUCCCGAAGGAGACGAGCAGAGCCAGAAGAACGGGGGGGCAUUGUUCAGAGUUGAUGUUGGCACCACCGGUGUCGAGCCCUUCGAGUUCAAGCUCAAGAAGUAG